AAAGCUUCGGUUGAGGUAAGUUGCAUAGAAAAGGAUGUUAUUGGGGUUUAUUCAUAAUUUACCCAGGAAUCUCCCGGAAAGAGUGAAAGGGCUAUAAAGCAACCAGCAGGCAAACGACCUAGGUUUUCAGGGUCUCUUCUCAGUUCUUGUGCUCAUCUCUCUCUGCAACUACAAGGGGACCCAGAAAGACUUUUCUAGACUUGGGCAGACUCAGCAGGACUCGGUCUAGAUGGGUGCUGUUUGAGUUGGGAUUAUCUGGGACUGGCACCUUGCUGGUGCCCAGUGACUGAGGCAAGGCAUUUCCAUAACAAUCCAUCAACAAAGUGAGAAAAAUGAGUGACAAUCCUCACCCACUGCGUUCAAUAGUUCUUGCAACAGCUUCGUUUCUUGGUGCAUUAUAUAGUAUUUCACUUGCUUCAGCACAUUUCAACCGAGCUAUACGGGAUUGCAAAGAUGUGAAAAGGAGACCAUAUGUUGUAACCUGCACAGCUUGUAAAGGACAUGGAUUUUACAUAUGUAAACUAUGCCAAGGGAACACAACUAUAGAAUGGUCCCCUUUGUAUGACCCUGUUGUCAUAAAUCCUUGUCUUUGUCCUACAUGUGAAGGAAAUAGGGUGCAACGUUGUCUUAAUUGCCUUGGAAAGAGCCAUAAUGACUUAAAGGAAAUGCUUGAUCUCUUGCUUUUCCAAGCAACUAAAUUGGAGACCCUGACUCUUCGUACUACCAGACUGGUUUGAGGAAAUAGCUGUAUA